AUGAAGGUUUUGUGCUUGACCGGCAAAGAGUUUGUGAUGAGUGCGAAGAAUCUGAUGGGCUGUGUGGCUACAAUAAUGCUAAAAAUGAGUUCAUGUGUUUCUGCAAGGAUGGCAGCGAACAAAGCAAUGGCUGCUCAGAUACUGCAUUUUGACAUUAAACCUAACAAUAUCUUUUUGGAUAAAAGCUUUUACCCAAAGAUCUCAGAUUCUGGACAAGCUAAACUUUGUUCUAGAACACAUAGUACCAUCUCAGUGCCUGGUGCAAGAGGCACUGCUGGGUAUAUUGCUCUAGAAAUAUGGAAUAGGAACUUUGGAGAAGCCUCCCACAAGUCAGAGGUGUUUAGCUAUGGAAUGUUGAUUUUAAAAAUGGCUGGAGGAAGGCAAGAUAUCAAUGGAGAAGGGAGUGAUUCAAGUGAUAAAUAUUUUCCUCAUUUUGUAUACAAGCAAAUUGCAGUAGACAAGAAUAUUACAGAACAUGAUGACAUGAUGGUGGGAUUAUGGUGCGUACGGACAAUACCAUCAGAUAGACCUGUCAUGAGUAGAGUGAUUGAGGUGUUAAAAGGAAGCUUGGAACAGCUCUCAAUUCUACCAAAGCCUUCCAUAUUUUCUCCUGUAACACCAAGAAAUGAAGAGGAAAAUUGUGCUCCAUGUUAUUCUGUUUAUGUUUGA